ACAAAAAUCUAGCCAAACCCAGAUUUGUGGAUAACAUGACGGCAUAGCCACUGAGUGGCUAUCAUUUGGGUCACUUGGAUUUGUUAUUACCUACAGAGACCUCGUCGGCCUGCCUUUCUCUGUGCUUCUCCAGAGUCCCAUCUCUAUUUGCUGCACCAAACACCUUCUUUGCUAUGGCUACAAUCACUAAUUUCUUGUCAAAACCCCCAUCUUCUCUUUUAACCACCCCUAAAAUCAAUCCUCUUUGCUUUCAUGGUUCCUUUCUAGUACCCUUUGCCUCUAAACAUAAACCUUUAGCAACAAAAGUACUAAACACAAACAGGACACACUUCACCAUAAAGGCCACAGCUGCCCAAGGGACCAAGAAACCUGCGAGAGACGAAAGAGUACAACAAAUCCACAGUAAAGAGGAUUUCGACGAAGCUCUUAAAAAGGCAAAGAACAGGCUUGUGGUUGUGGAAUAUGCUGCUAGCCACAGCACCCAUAGCAGCAAAAUUUAUCCUUUCAUGGUGCAACUUAGCCGAUCCUGCAACGAUGUGGAUUUCCUGCUUGUAAUGGGCGAUGAAUCAGAAAAGACCAGAGAACUUUGCAAGAGGGAGAAAGUAGAGAAAGUCCCUCACUUCAGCUUCUACAAGGGCAUGGAGAAGAUUCACGAAGAGGGAGGGAUUAGCCCAGAUCAGCUCAUGGGAGAUGUUCUAUAUUAUGGAGACAACCACUCUGAAGUGGUGCAGCUGCAUUGCAGAGAAGAUGUGGAGAAAUUGAUUGAUGAUCAUAAAGCUGAUCACAAGCUGAUUGUUCUUGAUGUGGGGAUCAAGCACUGUGGACCAUGCGUGAAAGUGUAUCCAACAGUGCUCAAAUUAUCGAGGAAGAUGGCUGAUACUGUGGUAUUUGCAAGGAUGAACGGUGAUGAGAACGAUAGCUGCAUGCAGUUCUUGAAGGAUAUGGACGUGAUUGAGGUACCCACUUUCUUAUUUAUCAGAGAUGGUGAGAUUUGUGGAAGGUACGUUGGCUCUGGGAAAGGAGAACUUAUAGGAGAAAUUCUUAGAUACCAAGGAGUUCGUGUAACCUAUUAAAGAUAGAAUCCAAAUUAGAUUAAAUUC